UGUUUGAGUUCAAAUGGUGUCAAGCUACCUGAAUUAAGUGUCCCUAUAGCUCUCUUUGAUUGGCUCCAAUGUCGCCUGCAGAUCAGCAAAUGAAUGGAUGAGUCCAUAUUUCUCUUGGCGAAAGGGUCAGCCACACGCAUUUCCCGUUCAGCCCCCCUUGCCCCCUCAACGAACACGCAACAACUCCGCUGGUGCACGACUGCAGUUGGACUCAGCUGAUUCAACCCAGCGCUCACCCGAUGUUUCGCCGGACGAGACCCCGUUCGUGUCCCCGGACCGGGUGUUGCGUUUGCCAACCCAAAACGAACGUCCUUUUUGGAAAGCCACCGGCCACCCAACGUAUAUACCCUGCGACAUCGGGGCCGCCUCCGUAACGCACCGCGCGGCCACGUCCCUUUUCCAACAAUACUGCGAGGGCGACCGCGGCGGGCCGGGUAAUCAUGAGCUUAUCGUCCGAGACGGAGCAGACAAGAGGGCUCCGCCGUUUCAGACAUUCGACAAGUGCUUCGCCCUGUUUCUGGACGAGGAUCAAUACGGCCAGUCCUUCAGAAUGCGUGGUGACAUAAACGAGGUGCCUGCCAUCGCCAGUUGGCUCGAGCGAGAUGAUGUAAGCGGUGAUGCACUUGAGGGAGCUGUAUAGUGGUUGAAUUGAUCUAACAGACAGAGCUGAAGUAGGGUGACGAAUCUUGCUAUUGCCCGGACUUUCUUUAUAGCAAAGAGAUAUGUCUUAUGCAGUGUAUGAAUGUUGAU